AUAAGUAAAGCUUGACCCUGAAAGUGAGAGGGUGAGAGAGAAAGAGAGAGAGAGAAAGAAGUGGAAUUAUGAUCCUAACAAUGGAAACGGAUUUUGACAAAGAGAAUUUGUUUACGUAUAAAACUCCAAGAUUACUCCAGAGCAGGAGGAGGACUUUAAGUUUUCAGAAAGAGUUUUCAUUUGAAGAUAAAGAAGACUUUUCAAACAGCACUAAAGAUAUUGAUGCCAGCCUUUUAGCAGUGUUACCAAAAGUUUCUGAAUUAAGAAAACUCUUUGAACCAAACAGGCAGGAUAUUUUGGAAAUGAAAAGGAAAGAGAGGAUAGCUAGGCGUUUAGAAGGAAUUGAGAAUGAUGUUCAGCCCGUCCUUUUGCAAAAUUGCCCUGGAUUGGUCACCCAUCGUUUGUUAGAAGAGGAUACACCAAGAUACACGCGUGCGACUGAUCCAUAUAGUCCUCAUUUUGGAAGAUCAAAUGAAAAGGAAUUUUCAGAUCCUCUGUUAGAAAAUCAGCCUAGAUCCAGGCAUCAAGUAGAAUCCACAGCAGGAAAAACAAAAAACCCUUCUUACAAUCCUUUAGUCAUGGAUCCCCAAGGACUUGAGUCCAAAGCUGAGAGGAUAGCUAGGUACAAGGCAGAAAGACGUCGGCAACUGGCUGAAAAAUAUGGCGUCUCCAUAGAUUCCGAUGUGGAUUCAGAAUAUUCAUCCAAAUACACAAGGACAAAGAAAGACCAUGAUGUGUCUGAGAAGAAAGUAUUGAAAGGUGGGAAAAAAGAGGAUGAAGGUAGAGAUCACAGUUCAUUAAGGUUUGAGAAUAAGGAACUGAGGAAUGCUGCUUCUGAGUCAAAGGAGUUUCUUGAGCAUGAUGACAAAGAGAGUUCUCCGGAAAGAGAAAAACUCCAUUUGAAUGAAGGCAGUGAACCAAUAGUCCCUGAAACUGGCUUGCUCAAAUACAAUAUACCCUCUGCAUCAGAGAAUUCCACAGGUUUCUCACUUCUGGGUUAUGACUCUUCCAUAAAUGAAGUACCAAGUUCACCAAAGCAAACUCAGAGUGUUUCUCUUUCCACACCAAAGCCAGGAACAUCACAAAGUCCUUCCCUGAACGACCCCAAAUUAGGUAGUACAGGGAAAACAAAAUCCGAUUGGUUUCUUCAGAAAGAUUCAGAUGGGGACACAACUUCACUUAUCAACUGGCCCUCCAGAGUAAAAGUUAGAGAGAAACUGGUGAAAGAGGAGAAUUCUCGUGGAAGCCUUGAACUUCUCACAGACACUAUGUCUCAAAGAAAAAUUCUCCCACUACCUGUUAAUGUUGUGCCUCUUCAGUCAGAAACAUCUGCUUUCCAUAGAGUUGCCAGUAAGCCAUUUGAUUUAGCCUGCCAACCAGCACAUGGCUAUGUUCAGGCUGCUGAAAUUGCUAAUUCAGCUCAAUUGGUGGCACCCGAAGAACCAAAAAGGAAUACUACUAACAGGAUUCCCAUACAGGCCAGUGCCAGCUUCGUAACUAGAUUCCCACCAGAUGCUAGGAUGGACAAUGAGAAAUGUCACUUGAUUCAGAAUUAUGGAUCACUCAAGCUUGAUUAUUCCGGAUUGGAGGCUGAGAAGGAAAGACAAGCAGUUCGAGCUUCAGAGAUGCAGAGGCAAAUGAAGAGUAGAGAGGCCUACCGUGGAGAAGAUGGAUUUAAGAAAGAUUCAAUUGUGAAGCUAAAGUCUUUGAAAGUUGCGAAGGAUCUAAAGAGCUUUAAGGAGUGGAUGCCUGAACCUAAGAUGAAGAUUCAUGAGAAUGUUGAGAAAACCGAAAAGAUUAUGUACCUUCGAAGUGCUAGAGGGAGUGCACAGCCCCAGGAAGAGAUUACUGCGAAACCUAAGUUCCUUAUGCGCUCCCUAUCGGAUCACACUGUAUCUCCUAAACUAGAAGUUUUCAGGAGUAAAGAACAUGUUUCAAAGAACAUCAUGCAGUUUCAAAGCACUGAAGGAAAGAUCCCCAAUGGUGAGGUUACUGUGGUUGAUACAAAAGUUUCCGUGGCCCAACUCCGUAAUGCCUUUUUGGAAACUGCUAAUGCCAAGAAGAAACCUGAACUCGAGUCUCAGUGUGAGAUGCAAACAUCAGGUACUGAUUUGCCGGGCACUGCUCAAAGCGAAAAAAGGUCACGAAAGCCAAGGCGGUAUUUUUCUCCCGAGGAAAAUAGAAAGACUUCUGAGAGAUUUAGGACUCAACCCAUAACUUCAGCAGAGCGAAAGGAAACAGAUCGGUCCACUUUCAGUCCAGAAAUGCCAUCUCCUGAAGAUGAAGAGAAAUUAGAUGAAAGAGCUAAGCUGAGCGUUGCUGCAAAAAGAUUGCUUUUCAGAGAAAUGGAAAAAUCAUUUGACGAUAAAAGUGUUCCAAAACCACGUUCAAGAAAUUCUGCUGUGGAGAGAAGAUUAAGACGGAUGCAAGAUAGAUCACGGACACAACCUGUUACACCAGAAGAAGUGGUCAUUGCUACCACUGAACCUACCCCUGCCUCAUGUACUGUGAAUACCCACACUGUAGUGGCAAGAAUACCUAAUCCCACUAUAGUUAAGAGCACUGUACAUCCUACCAGUCUGCAAGCAUCUGCCCAUCAAAAAACAUCAAUCAGAGAAGAAAUAAAGGAAGCCAAAGAUGCUGCUGAGCAAGAUCAGUCUGGAGAACCAGAUUCUUCUACCCUGAGUUUGGCUGAAAAGAUGGCCUUAUUUAAUAAAUUGUCUCAACCGAUAACAAAGGCAGUCUUUGUAAAGAAGAGGGAUCUCAGAGAAAGGAGAUCGAAAGCUCGUUAUCAAACUCAGCCUGUCACCCUUGGAGAAGUUGAGCAGGUACAAAGUGACAGUGAGAAGUUCAGUCCUCUGUCUCCAACUACUAUAACAUCUGUGUCAACCAUGAUAUCUGCAUUGUCACCAUUAUUUAAUAAAGAACUCCACGUGAAGGCAGACGAAGAUCCAAUGACCGGUAAACCUGAUUUCAAGUACCACCCUUCAGUGGAAAGCAUGGAUUUGUCAUUAAAAAUCACCCCAAAAACAGAAUUGCGGCAGCCUGUGGCAGAAAUCAGAGAGAACAAUCAGCCGUUGAGAGACCAUGAAGAAGCAGAGCCCAAGGAAUUUGCAAAAUGGGAAAUGAAUGGCGUAAGAAAGCAUAGCUCCUUUGAGGAAGAGCCCCCACAUCCUCUUCCUGAUAAAGACUACAACAAAGAGAUGAAAUAUGCAUUCCCAAGAAAAAACAGCAUGGAAUUGCUUAGCCCACAGUCUCUUUGUCAGUGUACUGAAGAAAAGGUCAUUGACAUCCUGCCAGCGAAACAAGGAGUCAAAGGGCAGUCCUUUGAGGAGUUGAUGGAGUGUGAAGGAAUUGCUAUGGACUCAACACUGCAAAGAGAGAUUGAUGAACCAUCUUCAGAGUUUAGAGCAGCUGCAACAGAAAGUGUUUCUCAAUCAGCAGCAGUGCUGUCCUGUAGGCAACAGGAAACCUUUGAGCUGUUAGGAAAAGAAGGCUUUAGUGACAGUAAAGCUGAAAUAACAGAGGACACCCUUGAUGCAUCCAGCAAAACUAUGUCCAUUAAAGAAAGGCUGGCACUCCUAAAGAAGAGUGGUGAGGAAGCCUGGAAAAACAGAUUGAAUAAAAAAACGGAGCAUGGACGAGCAUUAGGCACUGAAUGUAGCCCUCAACUACAGGAGAAGGAGCAGCUAUUUACAAAGAAGGAAGAAGGAGGAGGUUCAGAUGAUAAAGCCAUAUCUAAGCUUCUUUGGAGGAAUGUGGAUACCUGUGAAAAUCAAAUGACAAUUGAAGAAAGAAAGCAAUUAAUAAGUGUUCGAGAAGAAGCUUGGAAAGCUAAGGGCAAGGGAGCAUCGAACGAUUCUACCCAGUUUACAGUGGCUGGCAGAAUGGUUAAAAAAGGGUUAGCAUCACCAACUGCCGUCUCUUCAGUGACAUCUCCUUUCUGCAGCAGACUAAAAUCAACCUCCUCUAUUUCAAAACCCCUGGAAGAAAUUGAAGCUAGGCCAGAUAUGCAGUUAGAAUCAGACAUGAAGUUGGAUAAACUGGAAACUUUCUUAGGAAGACUCAACAACAAAGUUGCUGGAAUGCAGGAUACAGUCUUGACAGUCACAGGAAAGUCUGUGAAAGAAGUCAUGAAAUUGGAUGACGAAGAAACAUUUUCCAAAUUUUACCGAUGCAUGAGUUUUCCACCUCCCUCUUUGCCUGUGGAGUUGGAUGAAGACUUUGAUGCCAUAUUUAAUCCCAAUUCACCAAAGCUGAUUUCUUCAGUAACAGAGCACAAACGGGCUGUGAGGCCUACACGCAGAGUCCAGGCCUCCAAGAACCCUUUAAAAUUGCUAGCAGCAAGAGAGGACAUUCUUCAUGAAUACACGGAGCAGAGAUUAAAUGUGGCCUUCGUGGAGUCGAAGCGGAUGAAAGUUGAAAAAAUGUCUGCAAACUCAAAUUUCUCAGAGGUAGCACUUGCUGGCUUAGCAAGUAAAGAGAACUUCAGCAAUAUUAGUCUGCGUAGUGUCAAUUUGACGGAGCAGAAUUCAAACAACAGUGCUGUCCCAUACAAGAAGCUGAUGCUCUUACAGAUCAAAGGAAGAAGACAUGUCCAAACUAGAUUAGUUGAACCAAGGGCCUCAUCACUUAAUAGCGGUGACUGUUUCUUGCUACUCACGCCACAGUUUUGCUUCCUGUGGGUAGGGGAGUUUGCAAACGUCAUAGAAAAAGCUAAGGCUUCGGAGCUCGCAGCUUUAAUUCAGACAAAGCGAGAACUUGGCUGCAGAGCUCCUUAUAUACAGACCAUAGAAGAAGGCAUCAAUACUCAUACUCAUGCAGCCAAAGAAUUCUGGAAACUCCUUGGUGGGCAAACAAGCUAUCAGGCGGCUGGAAGACCAGAGGAAGACGAGAUGUAUGAAGCUGCAAUAAUAGAAACAAAUUGCAUUUACCGGCUGGUUGAUGAUAAACUUAUUCCUGAUGACGACCACUGGGGGAAGAUGCCAAAGUGUACAUUGUUAAAUUCAAAAGAGGUCUUGGUGUUUGACUUUGGAAGUGAAGUGUAUGUUUGGCAUGGGAAAGAGGUCACACUAGCUCAAAGAAAAGUUGCCUUCCAGUUGGCCAAACACCUAUGGAAUGGGACUUUUGACUACGCCAAUUGUGACAUCAAUCCCCUGGAUCCUGGUGAAUGCAAUCCUCUUAUUCCAAGAAAAGGACAAGGGCGACCAGAUUGGGCCAUUUUUGGCAGACUCACGGAACACAAUGAGACGAUACUAUUUAAAGAAAAAUUUCUUGAUUGGACUGAAUUGAAGAAACUUACUGAGAAGUAUUCCAACGAAUCCCCUCAGAAGGAAGAAACCAGAUCUGACACAAAGCCAUAUGAUGUCCUGCUCAUGGUCCCCGUCCCCCAGGCAACCGUUGGCACUGUCUUGGAUGGACUAAAUAUUGGACGUGGUUAUGGAUUCAUUGAAGGAGAUGAUGGGAGACAAUUCGAAAUUAUCACCAUCUCUGUGGACGUCUGGCACAUCCUGGAAUUUGAUUAUAGCAGGCUUCCUAAACAAAGUAUUGGACAAUUUCAUGAAGGCGACACAUAUGUUGUCAAGUGGAAAUAUCUAGUGAGCACUUCAGUUGGAAGCAGACAAAAGGGGGACUUACAGACGAGAGUCGUUGGCAAAGAGAAAUGUGUAUACUUUUUUUGGCAAGGGAGACAUUCUACUGUCAGUGAGAAGGGGACUUCGGCAUUGAUGACUGUAGAACUCGAUGAAGAGAGAGGUGCACAGAUACAAGUUCUUCAGGGAAAAGAGCCUCCAUGUUUUCUCCAGUGUUUUCAAGGUGGAAUGAUUGUUCACACAGGAAGAAGGGAAGAGGAAGAAGAAAAUACGCAAAGUGAUUGGCGACUGUAUUGCGUUCGAGGAGAAGUUCCUGUUGAAGGGAACUUGCUUGAAGUAGCCUGCCACUGUAGCAGCCUGAGAUCUAGGACUUCAAUGAUUGUUCUCAACAUCAACAAAGCCCUUAUUUAUUUGUGGCAUGGCUGCAAAGCCCAGCCACAUACCAAGGAAGUAGGAAGAACAGCAGCUAACAAAAUAAAAGAACAAUGUCCGUUGGAAGCAGGAUUGCACAGUAGUAGCAAAGUGACAAUACAUGAAUAUGAUGAAGGAACAGAGCCACUGGGAUUCUGGGAUGCCUUAGGAAGAAGAGACCGAAAAGCCUAUGACUGCAUGUUGCAAGAUCCUGGGAAGUUUAAUUUUACACCUCGCCUAUUUAUCUUUGGAAGUUCAUCAGGAGAAUUCUCAGCCACCGAGUAUAUUUAUCCAUCAAGAGACCCCUCCGUGGUUAACUCCAUGCCCUUCCUUCAGGAAGACCUCUACACAGCCCCCCAGCCAGUUCUCUUCCUUGUUGACAAUCACCACGAAGUAUAUCUCUGGCAAGGUUGGUGGCCAGUGGAAAACAAAAUUGCAGGAUCUGCCCGAAUCCGGUGGGCUUCAGACAGGAAAUGUGCCAUGGAGACUGUCCUACAGUACUGUAAAGGAAAGAACGUGAAGAAUCCUCCUAAAUCUUACCUAAUCAAUGCUGGUCUUGAGCCUUUGACAUUUACUAAUAUGUUUCCCAGCUGGGAACACAGAGAUGACAUUGCUGAAAUCACCGAAAUGGAUGCCGAAGCUUCUAAUCAGAUCAUCCUGGUAGAAGACGUGCUGGCCAAGCUAUGCCAAAAGUUUUAUCCACUUGCUGAUCUCUUAGCAAGGCCUCUUCCUGAAGGAGUGGACCCACUUAAUCUUGAAAUCUACCUUUCGGAUGAGGACUUUGAGGCUGGAUUGCAGUUAACUAGAGAAGAAUACAACGCAUUGCCUUCCUGGAAGCAGGUGAACCUCAAAAAGGCCAAAGGGCUUUUCUGAAAGUGCCAGAAUUGUAAUCAUGGGCCGGAGCCGGAGUGGAACGUGACCCCCUGACAUUUUCUGCACCUCUUGGCCAACGUAGGAUGCCCAUUUUCACCCUCAAAAGCGAGAUUCUGUUUGAAGUUACUAGGUUCUGCUAUAAUGUUCUGAAGUCAUUUCAUAAUGUAAAUGUGCGAGAAGCAUCUUUGGAAGACGUUUUGUGGGCAAGAACUCCAAAGUACAGGCCAUGUUUAGAAAUUAUUUUCUUUGUACUCUGAGCAGGAACUUUUCUGGUAGCCGAUCCUUUGGCUACUCACACUACGUGUCAUUUAGGUUUUGAAAAUGCUCUUUUUGUAAAGUUUUAUUUUGUUCAAGCUGUGGAUUUUCAACAGGAUUUGUAUUUAUGUAAACGCAUAGGAGAAGGAUGUAUUUAACAAUGCAGUUUGUAUUAUUCAUUUUCAACAUUUUUGUAAAGAAAGUUCCAGGAAAGUAGCUAGACUUAUUAUUUUAUCUUGGACUCUCUCCCUCCCUCCCUCUCUCUCUGUUUUUAAAUGCAAAAGUAUUGUUCUCAGAGCUGUUUUCAUCUGCUUAACUGAACAAAGAAUUAUCAUAUGCAUUUCUAGAGAAUCUCACUGAAUCCAAAUUUAUAUCCCAAAAAUGUAUAGUGCCUUGUUUUUUGUUGUUGUUUGUGUACAGUUUAUAUACCAGAAUAUUGGCCUGCUUUUUAAAAUGACUCAGAACAUACUCUACUUUGAUAAUAGUAGAAACUAAAAAAAAUAAUCCUCAGUUUGUAAUAAUGUGGCAAACAUAAAUCUUCUUUUGUGAUAAAGACUUAAAGCAAGGUUUCAGAAUAAAUUUGUAGCAAUGGACUGCCUCCUUAUUCUCUCCUUUGCCAUCUGAAGUAGAUAACUGGAUGGAGCAUCUUGCUUUAUGAAUUACUGUGGAAAAUGUUUGCAUUGAGAGCAAAUGAGCAACAUACCUUUAAGAAAAUAAAUAAAUCCAUAGAUUCUUUUCAUCCUGUUUUCAUGACUAAAACUGUUCUGUGCAGGCAAUAAAGAUUUCUGAUUGUAUAUUUUAAAAUGUCACAAGGUAGGUGCUGAUCUAUACAUAAAAACUGGGCACCUAUAUUGCAGAUUCCCCUGUCUAAAUCAAAAUGAUGUCCCAUUACAACUAGCAGUUUUCAUCUCAUGGGAGUUGAAGUCCAAUAAGAUCAUGCUAAUAGAAUAAUGUCUUGGCCAUUAAAUCCUCUCCUUCAGAAUCAAUCUUUGUUGUGUCUUUUGGCACUAACAGUACCACAACUGUGUGGCACAUAGAGUCAAGUAACUUUCUGUUUGUUAUUUGUAGGGAAAAGGAGGCUAAGGAACAAGUAUCUUUUUAGAAAGUAGCUUUCAAGGAGCAGAUAAACAUUACUUUCUGGGAAUGGUUUAAAAUAGCAUUGCAAUGGAGUAUAUAUGAAAUAUAACAUUUACUACUCCAGACUUAGAAUAUGUGUGUUAACCUAAGUCCCAUUAAUUUUGAUGAUCCAUAAGCAUGAUAUAUGUCUGGAUCCAACUUAGACUCUUGUUUCAACUUUUCCUUAUAUGUAAAGCUGUAAGCGUAAUUUAUUGUGUGUUCAGUAAAUGGUGGCUACAUAAAUCUAAUUUGAAGUUCA